AACAUGCUACUAGAGGAGUUUCCAGUUCAAUGGAGGCGGAGUAUGAGUGGGUGAUGAGCACAGUAAAAAAAAAAAGUGUGAGUCAAGGUGUUGAAUACAGUACAGAAGAGAUACAGUCAAGAAAGGCUGAGAUGCUUUGAUUUGGCUUUGAACAAAGUGCUCUUUUAACAUGAAGUUGCCAGAAUUCAAGGACACGAUCAGUCGCUUCAGAUUCACACAAUGUUGUGUGGGGCUUGGUGGUUGCCUGUGUGUGUCUUAUGCAGUCUGGACACCAUUCUGGUUAAAGGAUGGCGGACUUUGGACUGAGUGGAAUAAGACAAAGGGUGACCCUGUCAUUGAUGGUGUGAUCUUCAAUGCCCUGGAAGCAGAGAGAGUGUUUGGGGUUCUAUCCUUCCUGUUGGCGUUGAGCACAGGAGCUCUAUCGCUUGUCUUUGCCCUCUGGUGGACAUCAGAGACCGUGCGCUCCUACUCGAACACUCGUUCUCUGCUUAUGGCAAGACAGGCACUCUACCCCACCACCUUGUUGCUCCUCACCAUGUUAUCUACAGGUUUCUUCUUCCUACUGAGCUGGUCCAUUUUCACUUAUCACCACUAUGAAGAAAUCUACGAGGAUUUCUCAAUCCUAGGUUCCUCUUACUGGCUGGGUGCUUUAGGAUGGAUCCUACUGUUAGUUGUGGAAUCGAUUGUCUUUGUCGCUGAGCAAGCUAUUGUGCCAGACAUCCUCGAAGACCUGGAGAAGGCAGUGGAGUCAUGGAGGGUCACCUGCCAGCCGAGUCGUAGCUUCAGUGAAGGUUGUCCUCACCCUGCAGUCAGUAAAAGUAAGCUAUUUCCAAAGAGGUACAUGUCAGUACCUUAAAUGGGCCACAUUACCUGGAUAUGGCCGAGAAUAUGAGUGUAAUAAUUUAACAUAAAAAUGCUGAGCAGACUCCAUGGAGAAACUGGCAAGCAGUAUGAAUAUCGAGGGCAUUUUCCAAUCAGAUUGACUUGUAACAAAACAAAAAACUAUACGAAACAAUGAAGCCCGAUUUACUAAAAGUGACGGGCUCCGCGAUUUGCUCGCAACCAGUUCAGUCUUCUUGCCCAAAGUACAAUAUAACGGGUAAAGGCUUCAAUUAUCUGCAACCCUAAUUAGGACAAGCACGACAGAAAAUGGAUGGAUGAUGAAGGGUCUCACUGUCAAUGGAUUAAAAAAGAAUACAAAACAGCUAACAGAAACAGUUCAAUUUUUGUUGUUUUGUAAUUGUGUUACUGAGUUGUACAAAUGAUUCUGAUGUUGAAAUGAAUGUUAUCUUUGCAUAAAGACAUUUUCUCAAAAAGCC